UACACCACUACACCACCAUAAAUCAAACACACUAACGUUUUGGGCUGUGAGAAACUUCUGCAUUAACUAUAUCUGAGAGAACAAGAGAUCGAAAAUCCAGUUUAAUUUGGUCUGUUCUGUUGUUCAUGGCUCUUUCUUCUGUUAGCUCCAUGGACGUGCCACCGAUGCAAACGUCCAACUCUAGCGACCAAAAACCUACGACAAUGAUCAUAGAAUGGGCAUGCAUUUGCGACAAUAGUGAUGAAAUAGGAGAAGGUGGGAGAGAAGAGAGUGAUUUACACAAUCCAGGGAAAGGGACCGAUACAAAAACGAAUAUUAGAACAUCAGGACAAGAAAACAGCACAAUUGAUGAGAACAUUUCUUGUGCCUGUGUCAUUGAUGAAGAGGUAACCGAAAAGGAAGAGAAAGAGGAAGAAGCUGGAAAAGAAGAGAAAGAAAAAACAGUAGUACACGACCCAGGGAAAGGGACCGAUCCGAAAACGAAUAUUGUAGAGCAAGAGAACAGCAGAAUCAAUAAUGAUCCUCAAAUUGAUGGGAAGAAUUAUUGUAGCAGCGUGCAGGGUGAAAAGGAAAAGAAAGGAGAGAACACGGAAAAGGAAGAAACAGAGAAAAGUAAAACCUACAACCAUUCUUGUUCACUGCAAAACGCCAACAUCAUUCAAUGACCCUCUAUGGAAAACACACAAGGCUCGAAGGAGCAAGAAUAUGUAGUUACUAGUUAGUUUUAUUAUACGUAAGGGGGCACUUCUCUUCUUAAUUUACGCUUUUGCCUGUCUAUGAAUUCAAUAAUAGUUUAGAUGCUGUUGAUAAUAAACUAUACGUAAGGGUCGUAUCGUAUUAA